UCAUGUGAUCCCGCCGUCACGUGACAGGGUCCCGUGCCUCCUUCCUCUCUUGACUCGCUAUUACUAAGCCCCGGUGCUGUUGGGCCGUGACGUCACGUUAGUCAUAUGACAGGCGGCCGCUUGGGACUGUGCACCAGCCGUAGGGUUCCGGGGAGUCGGAGCGGCCGCGUUCAGCAGCACUAAAGCAGCCUUACAGUCCUCCUGCCUCGGCAGCACCAUGCUGGCCCUCAUCAACAAGCUGCUGGACUGGUUCAAGUCUCUGUUCUGGAAGGAGGAGAUGGAGCUGACGCUGGUCGGGUUGCAGUAUUCGGGGAAGACCACCUUCGUCAACGUCAUAGCGUCAGGUCAGUUCACAGAAGACAUGAUUCCUACUGUUGGCUUCAACAUGAGAAAGGUUACCAAAGGCAAUGUUACUAUCAAGGUUUGGGAUAUUGGAGGUCAGCCAAGAUUUCGCAGUAUGUGGGAGCGCUACUGUAGAGGUGUCAAUGCAGUUGUGUACAUGGUAGAUGCAGCAGACUUGGACAAAGUGGAAGCAUCUAAAUAUGAAUUGCACAACUUGCUAGACAAACCACAGUUGCAUGGAAUCCCUGUUUUAGUACUUGGAAACAAGAGAGAUCUUCCUGGGGCUUUGGAUGAAAAACAGCUUAUUGAAAAACUAAAUCUUUCGGCUAUUCAAGAUCGAGAAAUUUGUUGUUAUUCUAUUUCAUGUAAAGAGAAAGAUAAUAUAGACAUUACAUUGCAGUGGCUUAUUCAGCAUUCCAAGUCCCGGCAUUACUGAGGUCGGUCCCAACACCUGAACCUUCUUUUCCCAGCGUCUUUUCCAUUCUGCAUCUUGUGUACCGGCAGGAAGGCGAAUCAAGACGGCUGCUACUAGAAUUCACACAUCAUUUGGAGCAGUUUAUGCAAACUUUCCAUAUAUUAUUAUAAAUUUUUUUUUCUUUGUUCUUCAAUAUGAAAUCAGACAUGUGGUUUGUUGAUAUUUUAUACUUUUUCAACCCCUUUUAGCACUAAAGGAUUUUCAGGGCAACGUCUAAAUCUAUUGGAUUACUCGUUCAGCUAAAUUUGGUGCAUGUCUAAAGUUAGCCACAUAUAGUUUUCUCUGCUCUGUGUUGUUCUGGUGGUAGCAGUGUAAGAUGAUGCAGUUCCUUCAGUUUUCUUCCCCCCUUACCAUUGCAGAUCUGAUUUUCCUCCUUUUGUGUAUUUACUGCUCUUUAAAAAUAGAAUCCCCCCCCCCCCCCCCAUACUGGAUUUUUAUGUUUUGCCUAUAUAUAAGCACUUACACAACAUUGUUCCACUUUAUCCCUUUUUGUAUUAUUUUUUUUUCUCCCCCCUGUCGCAUAACAUCUUAUGCUAUAUAAAAAAAACAACGGCAGGUUGAACUUGAAUGUGUAUGUAUUUGCCUUGGAAACUUUUUUUAAUUAAGUUGCUGUAAAUAUUAAUAUAACUCAUCAGGGUUGCCUUAAAUGUAUUAUGCAUAAUGGUGUGUGUCUGCCAAAGGUAUUUUUCUUGAGAAUUUCAAUCAUUGGGAGUAAAUCUAGAUUGUUUACAGAUUAUCUUCUUCUUCUUUUCACAUUUUACAGUAAUAUAUAAACUUCCUUCCAGUACUGCGUGUAGAAUGUUGAAUAAUGCUAUUUUUAUACCCCGUGUCACUCUACGUUCCUAAUUCUAACCCAGAAAGUCUUUUCUCCUAUUGCCUAGUUCUUAUCCCUUUUACACAUACACCACAAGUAGGAACUGUCUUUGGUGUAGAUUGAAUUUUUGUAAGGCAAAUUGGUAAACUCAUUUUAUUGAGGCCUUUAAAAGUAAAUCUUCAUAUUGCUAGAAGAGGCGUCUGCUAUUUCUGUAACUUAAAACCAAUUUGCCGCUAUUAUGGAAAAGCACUUUAAAACUCUUUCCCUUUGUUUUUUCUAUGCAUUGUUCUCAAGGCAGUAAUUCACAUUCAUUAUGGACAAUAGAGUUUAUUAUUUGUGGCAUCCCUGUUGUAGUACAGUAUGUGGAUGUAGUGAAAAUGAUUGUCUGAGCCUAUAUUAACUUGCUGCUCUAUAACAACCUGCCUGGGGCACCGAGCUCAACUCAUUAUACUAUGGUUAUAAAUUAUGACGGAAACUAUGAAAUAUUGAUGUUUGUCCAUGCAUGUCGGCUUCUAUUAAUUGUUCUAUUUGGAUGAACUUUAUUUCAAUAAAAAAGGUGGACAGUUUUCUGUGAUCCCAGCUUGUA